CGCCAUGUUACGUCAUCAGAGUGCGCCCAGUCUUCAGAGACGCAGAGGCGGUAGCAGAUGCCUCUUCGAAACAGGGUACUGUCGUCUAGUUACGACUUGUUUUUCCUCUCAUACUGCUGACGAGUGGCUGUUGGGAUGCCAAAGAAGUUCCAGGGUGAGAACUCCAAGGCAGCCACUGCCCGAGCCCGCAAGGCUGAGGCCAAGGCAGUGGCAGAUGCCCGUAAGAAACAGGAGGAGGAGGAUGCUCUGUGGCAGGAAACGGACAAACAUGUACUCAAAAAAGAGCAGAGGAAGGAUGAUAAAGAAAAGCGGAGAUUGGAAGCCUUGGAGAGGAAAAAGGAAAACCAGCGACUUUUGGACGAGGAGAGCUCCAAAAUAAAAGGAAAAUCUUCAAAGGAAACAGGACAUGGAGGAAAAGUGACUCGAGCCCAGAUUGAGGAGGCACUUCAGAACGAGCAACAGCAGGAGCCAGCAAAAGAAAAGAGCCACCUGGAGACUCCACUGGAGGAGAAUGUCAACAGAAUUAUCCCAGAUGAGGGAACUGUGGAAGCCAGAACAAUAGAAGAUGCCAUUGCUGCACUCAGCACUGGACCAGAAGACUUGGACCGACACCCGGAGCGGAGGAUGAAAGCAGCAUUUGCUGCUUAUGAGGAAGAGAACAUGCCUCGUCUAAAAAAGGAGAACCCCAACAUGAGGUUGUCCCAGCUAAAACAACUGCUAAAGAAGGAGUGGAUGAAGUCACCAGAGAACCCCUUAAACCAGCGCUUUGCCACCUACAAUUCAAAGUGAAUGCAGUCUUUCCCCACAUAAUAUCAUUUGAAACAGUCUGCCUGUGCACAUUGGAGACUAACAUUGGAAAAUUCAAUUAUUUGAGGGUGGCUGACAGAUUUCAUCUACCACCCAUCUAGAACAACCCAGUCCAUUAUCAGGGGACUUGGCUUUGUUGAUCCAUUUACUAGCAAGUGGAAGAUUAUUUUCACAGCAGCUCAUGAUGUCUGUGCAUGUGGUAUCAUAAAACAUCCAAUACAUUCAAUUACUUCUUUUUUUCUAGCACUUCCAAGAACCUGGGAGGUCAGAUGUUUUGAGAGUAACUUAUUAAAGUUGACCACUCAAUCAUCAACAUCUCUCUUGCUCUUCCUUGUCACAAAGUGCUUGAAUGAAAUCAGCGACUGACAAACAUUGUGCCAAAUCCUUCUGUUGUAUGAUGCUCAUUUGAUACAGAUGAAGAUUUCUGAAUUUUACCUACCUGUAUAAUUAACUUCACUAAGGAAGGUAAUUUUACUGUACCUACAUUUAAGAAAUGUUUCCCCACUUCUCAUGAAAUCAUGAUAAAUUUGAAAUGGCUGUGACUACAAUGAUUUAUUUAUUUUAUUUUUUUUACCUUUGAGGUAUUUUGGAAAGUGACUAACUGUUUUCUUUCAAAGGAGAUGUUGCAUGAAUAGCAGAACAGUUGGCUUUGAACACUGAAACCACUGUCACCAGGGAUUAAGUGUUGAUGUCCAGUGUUCUUUUCGGGUAUCUCACAGUGCUUUAGAUUUUGAGAAAAUACAUCUUUUGUAUUCUGUUGAUUGCAGAAUGAGGACUGAAGAAUUUAGAUUUGCUCUUAGAAAUUAACUAAUUUUUCCAUCUUAAGAGUUUUUUUUAUAUUCUCCCUGUGAGCAGGCAUCUGGGACUUUAUUUAUAAAAUCCUCUGUACAUAACGAUAAAUGAAUGACUGCAGAGAUGAUAUUGUCUCAUUACCUUCAACGGUAAUUGUGAAUGUUGAACCACAGUUGGUAGCUCUCCAACCAUGUAUAUUCCUGAUAAAAGGUAACUGAUGUCUUAAAUCCUUUGUUUGACUCAGAUGGUACACUUCUUUUCACACCACAUAAAGAAACUGCCAUCAGAUUUUG